AUGGUCCUUCCAUUCAUAAUAGCCGUUCUUCUCUGCUGCUCGGCUGACUUACUUUGUGCCGGUUUGCCCAAUAGAGCCCCAUCAAGAUCCGACGACUGCGGUAGAUUGUAAUCCGUUUUUUAUCCUCUCUUAGAUUACAAAUUGUACUAUAUUCAGCUGUUUGUCAACCCGGUCAAUGCGAAUCCAGGUGCUGGCGAGAGUAAGUUUAUUCGACAAAAAAUACCAAGGUUCUAAAAAAUGUGUUUGCAAUAGAAGGGCUUCGUCGUACGGACAUCCAUUUUGCCCUAAAAAUGGACCGCUACCUCUGAAAUUUUUCGUUAUAUUUAGCCUUCGUUGUAUAGAGAAUUCACUGUAACUGAAAUUUCAGGCAAAUACGCCGACAUUUACACUGGAGUGGUUUCAUAUUUUUUCAACGUUGAAACUGAUUGCCGUACGAUCGGACUUAUUAAAGGGACGGAAAUGAACAUUACACAGAUACUGCUAUUGGACGACCGGAGAGAACCACUUAAAUCCACCUCAUACUCCGACGGAAAUCAUUUUUAUAUCUACUCCGGCAAUGGCAUAGCUCAAGGAAAAUAUUUUAUGUCGGCUGAGUUUCGAAGUCCAGUCGGAAGGAACGAUAAAGAAAGAUCGCCCAUGAAGGUGAAGCGGCGAUUGGAUGGAACGCAAGUCACUUUUAUUUUAUUAUAUUUUUUUUUUAAUUUUUAGUCAUCAAAUUUGAAAGAUUCUUUCAGUGAACUGCUCCAAGCAAAAUACUUGAAUGACGUACCGUUGUUUCCCGUCCUAAGGUCGUCAAAACCCUAUAUAAACUUUUUCUUUGGUUUCACGGCAGUUCAUCCCGCCCAGACCAAGGUUUCAACCGACGAAAUCAAAUUUUAUUUGACCGAAUCGGCGGGGUAAGUGGUUUCUUUGGCUGAGAGGGGAAUUACUCCAAGUUCGACGAUCGGAUUUGAAUGGAACUUGGUGCAAAUUUAAAACAAUGUUUUUCUAAUGCAUAUGUGAUGCAAUAACGCGUUAUGCAACAAUGACCCAUAUUUUUAGGUCAAAAGCUGGCCAAAAAAUACCGUUUUUUUGAGAAUUUUGUCAUGGAACGUUCAAUGCCUCUUUUUACCGGAGAGAAUCAGCCCGUCCUCGCGUUUUGUGUACUCUUCCGGCCGUAAGGAUCGUCCAAAAUCUCGGCUAUGCCUGCAAAGCGCAAGAUAAAACUUUUAGCCAUCAAGACGACCUACAUGUGUGCAGAAUGUUAAGAAAAUCUGAGCGUCACUUUUGUGUUCGAUUCCUUGGCCCGACCCUAGAAACAUGCCCUCCUCAAACCGUAUUUCUCCGAUCACGACUACUCUUUAUGACAAAACAUGAAACUUUUAGGCACUCACUGAUCUCCAAGUUCUUGCGCUCCCCUCUGACUGUGACUGAACAAAUUCACUUUGAUGUUGCCCCAAUUGGCUAUGAUGAUUAA